AUAUUGGUAAGAAUAGUUUAUUCGACGUCAAUUGAUUUGUAUUCCUUUAACUUAUACGCAGCUUUGUUCUUAUGUUUUGUGUUAGGGAAACUGCUUCGAGAAGCAGAACCCGAAUUGAUGGAAACUUUGAUUCAAGCUACAAAAGUAGGUGACCAGAAAACAUUGCAGGCUUUAGCUGCUUCAAAGACACAAAUCACUGAAGAAGAAGAAGAGGAUGAUGAUCCAUUCGAAUAUACUUCACAGGAGUUUGUCAAUAUUGCAAAUAGAUGGUUUGAUGGGUUGAUCAGCAAGGACAUUGAAAUUACAAAUGAAGUAUUUUCAGUUAGCAGCGUCGAUUUUGAUCGUCAGGAAUUGCGUAAACUUGUUCGAAAAGUGCAGACGAGUCAAGAACAAAGCCGGAAUUCGAGUGAAGAAGACAAGGCAAAAAUAGAAGCAGCGGUAAAGAGAGUGGAGAAGUCCCUUACCCGGUUUCUUCGUACCUUUGCCAAUGCCAAUCAAUUGGCAACAGAAGAUAGUUUUGAUUAAUUUGUUCUGUAAUAU